AUGGCUCGUUCAGCUUAUGUUCUUUGGCUGUGCCUAACACUUUCCGUCAGACUCGAGGCCACCGGGACAGGAGGACUUCUUCGAAGCGACAAUACAUCUUUUGCCGACUCACCUGUACCGUUCAGUAUUCAGGUCUACCCUGACUUCAUCGAGCAGCUCAGAGAGCGGGUCAAGGGAACUCGACCGCCUGUCCAAGUCAAGAAUGAGAAGGAGCCUGGAGCAGAUGGCCCAACCAUCGCCAAUGCAUCGACUGUCAGAGACUUCUGGGUUGAGCAAUAUGAUUUGAAUACAAAUCAAGCUUCGAUCAAUAGCCGGUAUGCACCAUGGCCAUGA